CCCCACCCCCAGAAGAACAGGUACAACCCCUCGACCAAACCCAAGACCACUAUCACGACCACGACCAAGAAGGAGAAGACCCCCCGGCGGCCCCAGCAGACACCACCAUCCUCAUUGAGGAUGUGAAAACCUACCUCUCCACCCUCUUCUUCCGCCAAACGCUCCGUCUGAACUCCGUCAUCUCCACCGUCCUGGACUUCCUGCACGCGCAUCCGGUUAUCGCGACCUUGCUCCUGGCGCAGUUGGUCUGCUCGUGCGUGCCGAUCGCGUUGUUCGUCGCUGGCGCUGUGAUUGUCGCGUCGCUCGCUGUGGCGCUGUAUUCCUGUGUGGCCGUUUUGGUGCUCGCGCCGGUGGUGAUCGGGACGAGUGUUUUGGGGUUCUGUCUUUGGGGAUGGGGGUGGGUUGUCUUUGUGGUUGGGAAGCGGGUCUUGGGCUGGGUUGUCGAUGGGGAGAGGGAGGUGGCUUUGGAUGGGGAUCUGGAGGUGGAAGGGGAUAGGGAUUGA